UAGGAUGGAACUUAUUGUUUAGUCUCAGAAAAAUGCUCUUGUACUUAACCUUUUUUUAUGUCUAUUUUUUGUGCUUUAUUUCCACAGACUAAAACGGGUAUUGCAUUGUUAUAUGAUGACGGAUCUGAAAAUGCCUAUGACAUCCGACUUAAGCUUACCAAAGAGGUACUAACAAUUCAAAAACAAGAUGUCAUCUGUAUUAGUGGAAGUGAUUGCAGUGCAAAUCACAGAACUGUUACACUUCGUAGACAACCAGUUGGUGGCUUGGGCUUAAGUAUAAAGGGUGGUGCUGAGCAUAAAGUGCCUGUCGUCGUAUCAAAAAUAUUUAAAGACCAAGCAGCUGACCAAACAGGAAUGUUAUUUAUAGGAGAUGCAAUAAUACAGGUUAAUGGCAUAAAUGUAGAAAAUGCUACCCAUGAAGAAGUGGUACAUCUACUGAGAAAUGCUGGCGAUGAAGUUACCAUCACUGUUCAGUACCUCAGGGAAGCUCCAUCAUUUCUAAAGCUCCCGUUAGGUUCCCCUGGACCAUCCAGUGAUCACAGCAGUGGAGCCUCCUCACCUCUCUUUGACAGUGGUUUACAUUUAAAUGGAAACUCAACUAACACAGCUCCAUCAUCACCUUCCUCACCCAUAGCUAAUGAACCAAAAUAUGAGAAGCGCUGGCUAGACACCUUAUCAGUUCCUCUCUCGAUGGCUCGAAUCUCAAGGUACAAAGCUGGAACAGAUAAAUUAAGAUCUAAUGCAUUUGAAGUGCUGGCACUCGAUGGAGUUAGUACUGGGAUACUUCAGUUUUAUACAGCCCAGGAGAGUGUUGACUGGCUGAGAGCAAUAUCAACUAACAUCAGUGAUUUGACACUUCAAAAUAUGAAAAUGGCAAAUAAAUGCUGUACUCCUGCAGACCAGAUCAUACAUAUGGGAUGGGUGAAUGAGAGACUUGAUGGAACUGAUUCAUCACAGAUAUACAAAUUCAAGUUCCUGGCAUUGAAAGGUUCAUCCUUCUACAUUUUCAGCAGUCCACCAGUGAGCACACUAGACUGGGUACGAGCUGAAAAAAUCUAUAACCUCUGUGAGGUUCUGUUUAAAGUUCACAAGCUCUGGCUUGCUGAUGAUUGCUGGCUACAAGCAAAGUUAUAUUUAGGUAUUCAUCAGGACUAUGAUCUUGAAGACCCAAGACCAUACUGUUUCAGUGUCAUGGUUGGACAUGGCAAGAAUCAUUAUUUUAAUGUAGAGCUGGCCAAUGAGUUGGCAGAGUGGGAGAAAUCAUUUCAGAGAUCAAUUUUCUUGGAAGUUCAAAGAACAGGGUCUAAAACAUAUAUGUGCAGUUGGCAAGGAGAUUCCCUGUGCUUCACAGUUGACUUUGCUUUGGGAUUCACCUGUUUUGACAGUAAAACAAAGAAUGUACUUUGGAGGUUUAAAUUCUCUCAGCUCAAGGGCUCUUCAGAUGAUGGAAAAACAAAAGUAAAGCUACUUUUUCAGAAUCUAGACACCAAACAAAUUGAGACAAAGGUAGGCAGCAUUUUUUCUCCACUCCAUUUAGAAACAAAAUGGAACGAACUAUAUAUAUCCACGUUUCCAUUGAAUGCUAUGCAUAUUCACAGUGAACAGCUACAUUUUGUAUUAUCUUUUCCAUAUUUUCUAGAAGCUGUUCAACAAAUAAAGGUUCUGGUGUAUCUAAAAAUGUACUAUGCUAUAUAAAUGAUUGGCUUAAUGUAUUCUAUUACUAUAAAUUUUGAAAUUUGCAUUCACAAUGAUAAUUUCUCUGA